GACUCGUAUUAUAUUGCAUCAUGUGUUACAUACAAAUGUAUAAUGUCAUGAUGAUGUGAUGGUACUCACGUAGUCGGGGAGCGCAAUUCAGUAUUCGCCUAGCAGACGUCGGCAAUGUGAUUAUCGCGCGUACGAAUAUUGUUUUAGAGUGAAUCUUUGUACGCUACCUUGCAAGGUUGUGACAUUGUCAACAAAAUGUCAUCGUCCCAAGUAAUAUCUCGAACUUUCGUGGCAGUCAGUCGUAGAUUAUUUCAAUCAUCUGCGCGAUGCCUAGAGGCCAAAGCUCCCGAAACUGCUGCAAAAGCUACAGAACAAGCAGCAACACACAGACAGAAUCCUUCGGUAGUUGGACAUCGCAUGUAUGCCCUAUCGGAUUUCGACAAAUGGGUACUGGUUUGGAUGAAGAAAUUUCCAAAAGGAAAAGUUCCAGAUAAAGUCCCUGAACACGUGAUUUACCAGACAAGAAGCAGAGCUCGCAUAAAGGCAGCAAAUUACUUGACUGGUAUCUGUAUCAUAGGAUGCUUUUUCGCUGUGUACACCGGAAGGAAGGCAGCAAAAAGUGGUGAUUCCAUUCAAAAGAGACGCGAGGAGUGGCACAAACAACUCAAAGAAGAACAUGAGGCAGAAAUGGCAGCAAAAAAAGCUAAACAAUAAUACUCAUGUAUCUAUGUUGUUAAGUUUCAGUUGAACUCGAUAUUAUUACAGUUUAAAGUAGUUUAUAUAAUCAAGAGUAAUAAUGUAACUAAUAAUUGUGUAAAUAUUGUACCAUGGACUUUCUUUUCAGUUAUUUUUUAAUAAAUCAAUUCUAUUUACACACAA